CAGGUUUCAAGAAACAUUAUAGUUUUCUUUAUUACUGUCGUAAAGAGCAUUUAAGAUCUACGACGAGCUUAUGUUGGUUCACAUUAAAUAAAAGUCUACAGCCCUUUUGCUAAAAACGACAUCUGUCGAAUUGUUUGUCGAAUCAGAUAGCGACGUGACCCGGACGAGAAGUUCCUCGGCCAUUUUGCUCGGAAGGGGGCCUGUGCUUCAACACGUGAGCGGCAGGAGCCUGAAGACACUGAAACAAACCUGGAUAUCUGACUCGGAGAGGACAGAUUCAUGUGCGAACCCACAGAGACAUAGGAAAGCAGCGCGAUGCCUACACUCACUCUACCGCCGAAGGAGAAUGCGCUCUUUAAGAGAAUACUGAGAUGUUACGAGCACAAGCAGUACAGAAAUGGACUGAAGUUCUGCAAACAGAUCCUGGGUAACCCGAAGUUUGCUGAACAUGGAGAGACACUAGCAAUGAAGGGUUUAACCCUUAACUGUCUGGGCAAGAAGGAGGAUGCCUAUGAGCUGGUCAGAAGAGGCCUGCGCAAUGACCUAAAGAGCCAUGUCUGUUGGCAUGUGUAUGGUUUGCUACAGCGUUCUGACAAAAAGUAUGAUGAGGCCAUCAAAUGUUACCGUAACGCUUUAAAGUGGGACAAGGACAACCUGCAGAUCCUUCGAGACCUCUCCCUGCUGCAGAUUCAGAUGAGAGACCUGGAAGGGUACAGGGAGACUCGGUACCAGCUGCUGCAGCUUCGUCCAGCCCAGCGAGCUUCAUGGAUUGGAUAUGCUGUUGCCUAUCACUUGCUAGAAGACUUUGAGAUGGCCGCUAAGAUUGUGGAGGAAUUCCGUAAAACGCAACAGACGUCUCCAGACAAAGUGGAUUACGAGUACAGUGAACUACUGCUCUAUCAGAACCAAGUUCUGAGGGAGGCAGGCUUGCAUAAGGAAGCCCUUGAUCAUCUCAACAACUAUGAGAAACAGAUAUGCGACAAACUGGCUGUAGAGGAGACAAGAGGAGAGCUGCUGUUGAAACUAGAGAGGCCUGAGGAGGCUACAGAGGUCUACAGUAGACUCCAGGAGAGGAACCCUGAGAACUGGGCCUACUACCAGGGCCUCGAAAAAGCCUUAAAACCAGGCAGUGUAAGUGAACGCCUGAAGAUUUUUGAGCAAUCCUGGGUGAAAUUUCCCAAAGGACUGGUUCCCAGAAGGCUGCCCCUUAAUUUCGUCACAGGGGAGAGGUUUUGUCAGUGUCUUGACAGCUACCUGAGGAUGAACUUCAGUAAAGGCUGCCCUCCCGUCUUCACUACCCUCAGAUCUCUCUACACAGACAAAGAGAAGGUCACAAUCAUUGAAGACUUAGUAGUAGACUACGAACACUGUUUAAAAAGCUGUCGGAUGUUCAGUGAGAAUGAUGAUGGGAAGGAGGAACCCCCAACCACCCUGCUGUGGGUGCAGUAUUUCCUGGCACAGCACUUUGAUUUCAUAGGACAGACCAGCCUAGCUCUGCAGUACAUCAACACUGCUAUUGACAGCACACCCACACUUAUCGAGCUCUUUCUCAUCAAAGCCAAGAUCUACAAGCAUGCUGGCAACAUAAACGAAGCAGCUCGGUGGAUGGAUGAGGCUCAAGCCCUGGAUACUGCCGACCGCUUCAUCAACUCAAAGUGUGCCAAGUACAUGCUAAAGGCAGGCCUCAUCAAAGAAGCAGAGGAGAUGUGCUCCAAGUUUACACGAGAGGGGACGUCUGCAGUUGAAAACCUGAAUGAGAUGCAGUGUAUGUGGUUUCAAACAGAGUGUGCCUUGGCUUACAAGUCUAUGAACAAGUUUGGAGAUGCUCUAAAGAAGUGCCAUGAGAUCGAGAGGCAUUUUGUGGAGAUCACUGAUGACCAGUUUGACUUCCACACCUACUGUAUGAGGAAGAUGACGUUGCGGUCCUACGUGGACCUGCUGAAGCUGGAGGAUGGCCUGCGACAGCAUCCCUUUUACUAUAAAGCUGCUCGAACAGCCAUCCAGAUCUACUUAGCCCUGCACGACAAGCCGCUGACUGACGACAACAAGGAGAGCCAGGCAGACACGGAAAACCUUACCGACAAAGAGCUGAAGAAGUUGCGCAACAAACAGCGAAGAGCCCAGAAGAAGGCACAGCUAGAGGAGGAGAAGAAGAAUGCAGAGAAGGAGAGGCAGCUGAAGAACCAGAAAAAAAAGAAAGAGGAUGAUGAAGAGGAGAUAGGCGGGCUCAAAGAAGAGCUAAUACCAGAUAAACUGGCCAAGCCAGAGAAUCCUUUAGAGGAGGCUGUGAAGUUCCUGAUUCCCCUGAAGAAUCUGGUGCGCAACAAGAUUGAGACUCAUCUUCUGGCCUUUGAGAUCUACUUCAGAAAAGAGAAAUACCUGCUGAUGCUGCAGUCCAUAAAAAGGGCUGUAAUCAUAGAGCCUUCCAACCCGUGGCUGCACCAAUGUCUAGUGCGCUUUUUCAAGAGAGUGAGUGACAGUGCAGAUUUGGCAGCAGUGGUGAGGACAGUGUUGAAGAAGGAGAUUGCCAGACUCUUUGGAGAAAGCAACCCUCAAAGCUUCAACAAGAGCUACCUGAGUCAGCACUCCAGCUCAAUCCCUCACCGCUUGGCAGCUGCUAAGAUGAUGGUCUACCUAGAGCCUUCCUCUGAUAAGAUGGCCUGUGAGAUAGCUACAGCUUUAGAUGAGUCACUGUCUGGAAGGAGCAUCCAGGUUUGUAAUGAGGUGCUGGAAGCUUUGCGUGCCGCUCAGCUGGGGGAGGAGCAGCAGAAAGCUGCUGAGCCUUACAGAGUGGCAUGCCAUAAGCUUUACCCCUACAGCUUGGCCUUCAUGCCCCCAGGCUACCAAGACAAUAGCACCACAUUUACUGCCAACGGCGACCUGUCGGGGGGAGAGCAUGACGACAUCUCGAAUGAAAUGUGAGCUUGAACACCGCCAGACGCUUUGACCCAUCGGCACAUCCAUUUCCCCAAAUCCUCUCUGUCCCUGGGCAAUGGCUAUUGUGAGCCGCCCUGCAUUGCACUGAUCUGGAUGGACUGAGCACCAGAGAAGGAGCUACCACAUGGAGGAAGAUGAUGCCCACUUAACUUUUUUUUUUAAUUAAAACCCUUUCCACAUUUGUUGUGAGAAACUCCAGAUAUUUGCAGUAUCGGGUGGAAAAGCGGGCUUUAGCUGCUCAGAUGGCUUUAGCAAACAGUUAGUUUGCUACAACUCCGGUGUUUCACAUCAUGUCCUUCUUGUAGGUGCAUCUGCUUCUCACGUUUUUAAAAAGUAAUUUAUAUAUUACAAACCGACAGAUGGAUUAAUAAAACAAUGUUUGCAAAACCA